AGAGCGAACUGAACUUGCAACUUCCCGAGAUCAACCACCCAAAAACGCCCCCUCUCUCUAACGAUCGUUUGGAUCCCCUCUUUCCUUUCGUCGGAUCCGAUCAGUAUCUUCGGACGCUAGACUCCAUCGUCUCUCGAUUGUUUUCGAUUAGCCUUUUUGUGUCCUUUUGUUCACAAGGGCUCUGCGUUUUCAGCCCACCUUUUAGCGCUCCCGGUUUCCCACUCGCGUUUCUUGUGAGAGGAGCGAAACGACCGCCACUGCCGUCUUUUGGCGCGCAUCUUGCUAUCGCAUUUUCCAUAUACCCUAUUUUAGAGAAGAACAAAAGUCAAAUCCGUCAUCAUGCCGCCCAAAAAGCAGGACCAGCCUAAGAAGAAGAAGGCCACCGUUGAGGAUAAGACCUUCGGUAUGAAAAACAAAAAAGGAUCUACCGCGAAGCGACAGAUCGCUCAGAUGCAGGCACAAGAAAAAUCUAACAAAUCUCUGGACGCGAAGAGAAAGGAAGCCGAGAAGACCAAGCGUGAGGCCGAGAAGGCUGCUGAGGAGAAAGCCAAGCGGGAGGCUGCAGAGCUGUUCAAGCCCGUGCAGGUACAGAAGGUGCCGUUUGGUGUUGAUCCCAAGACCGUCCUCUGUGUCUUCUUCAAGCAGGGCAACUGCGAGAAGGGCCGCAAGUGUAAAUUCAGUCACGACCCGAACAUCGAGCGAAAGGCCCAGAAGAAGGAUCUGUACACCGACUCUCGUGACGUCAAGGCUGCCGAGGAAGAGAAGAAGAAGGAAGAUACAAUUGACAGCUGGGACGAGGAUAAGCUGCGCAAGGUUAUCAUGAGCAAACACGGCAACCCGAGAACGACGACCGAGAAGGUUUGCAAAUACUUCAUCGACGCUGUUGAGAACCAGAAAUAUGGUUGGUUCUGGGUCUGUCCCAACGGAGGUGACAAGUGCAUGUACAAACACAGUUUGCCACCUGGUUUCGUUCUGAAGACGAAGGAGCAGAGGGCGGCAGAGAAGGCCAUGAUGGACAAGUCUCCGCUCAACACCCUGACGUUGGAAGACUGGCUGGAAUCCGAACGACACAAGCUCACUGGUGAGCUGACGCCCGUCACACCGGAAACCUUCGCCGCGUGGAAGAAGGACCGUCUCAACAAGAAGGCCGCCGAGGAGCAAGCUCGCAAGGCUAAGGAAGCCACUGGACGAUCGAUGUUCGAAAGCGGAGACUGGAAGGACGAGGAUGAGAGCAGCGAGGAUGAGGAUGAGGACGACGGAACCUUCAACCUGGAGGCCUUGCGGAAGGAGACCGAGAGAAUCCGUGAACAGAAGGAAGAAGAACGCCUGGCGAAGCUACACGGGGGACCGGUACCCAUCUCGAAUGAUGCGACAAUUGCGCAGGAAGGCCAAGGAUGAAGUCUGUGCGACAUGCCCCCAAGAGUAUCACAAGAAUCUUGGGUUUAAGGGGUUACGGACCUCUUUCACACUGGAACCGGUGUACCAGGCCAUUGUCCGGGCCCGUUGGUAUUGCUCUCUUGUUGAUGGAUGGUAGAUGCAGCGCUGCUCUUUUUGGUUCUUGCUUUGUUGAUACCAAACUAUGACUUUGUAUAGAUCUCCGCGACCGAGGGCUCCGACGGCUAGCACUGGCAUUUUGUUUUGUCAUCGUUCAUCCUUGCUUUCUUCCUUCGCAGUUCAUCUGAUUGCAGGGAUGGGCUAUGCCUGAAGGCAUGGGUGGACCUGGUCGAAAACGACCUGGAUACACAAGAUUGAGAUAGAUCGUGUGUUGGAUGUGUGGCUAAAAGGACCGACAUGAUUUUUAUGCCAGAUUUUUUUUCUGUACCUACAAAAAUGUUCGUUUGAUUAUAUGAAUGAACCAAGCAUUUUUUUG